GUGCUAAUAAUAACCCUGUUUCUAAUCAAUAUUCUCUGUUUGCAGAGAAACACACAAAAGGGAGGAAAGGCUGUGGUUGUUUGAGGAGCGUGUGGAAGUCUGUAAAACAUCACGUCCAAACCCUCAAAACCCGAGCAUGUCCUCGUGUGCCAUCGCAGGAGCCUCCACAAACAUCCAGAGCAGAACCGACAGCAGACACAGAUCUGCUCGAGUCCCAGACAACAGAUCCUCAACAUGGAGCAGAGUACUUGCGCUCUCUCUAUGAAGUGGGAGAAGAAGUGGGAUCGGGUGUCUAUGAAGGAAUUAGAAGAUCGGAUGGCCAGAGGGUGCUCAUCAGAUUUGUGAAGAGGCACUUGCCCGGAAAAACAUCAGAGUCGGAUGAGUUUCUCAGACCUAUGUGUGAAGAGGCAGCUACGAUGUUGAUGCUGCAAAGGCCUCCGUUCUGCCAACAUGUCAUACAGUUAUAUGACUGGUUUAUCACGGAGGAGCAGAAUGUCUUGAUAAUGGAAAAUCCCCAUCCCUUUGUGACCUUGCGUAAGUUCAUCAAAAAAAACCCAGGUCACCUGAGUGAAGAAAAGGCGAGACUCAUCAUGUGGCAAGUCGCCGUUGCUCUGCGUCACUGCUGGGAUCGUGGUAUUUUUCAUGAAACCGAUCUGAGUAAUAUUCUCAUCAACACGGACACCCUGCAGUUGAAGAUAAUGGACUUUAGAUACGCAGAGCACAUCAUUAAAAAACGAAGUGAAGAAGCUUAUUUAGAGGCGAGGCUCAGAGUGCCUGCUAAAUUGCAAGCGGCUGAAAACCUAUACUUCGUGCUGGAUGCGCUCAUCACAACCAUAAGACAUCCGUGCUGGAAAAAAGCACAGCUGUCCAGAGAAUGCACAGAUCUUCUUGAGAAACUUGGGCAUGGAGGGCCAUCAGCGAUUGACACCUUAGAGAACAUCUUAGAUCAUGCCUGGUUUAGAGACCGCUCCCCAGUGAAUGGAGGAGAAGGAAAGUGAAAAGAGAUGAUUCAAACCCAAGCUUAUGUUCAUGCUCUCAUAGUUUGAGUGUUGGGCAGCAGCUCUCAGCCACGCUUCACUCCUUUAACCCUGCAGCUGAGCCUCGGCUGAGAUGUUAGUACUCCAGCACUUCUCCUCUCUCUUCAUCCAGAGCUCUGUUCAGCCUCUUCAGCAGCUCUGGGCUUACAUCGCUUCCUUUAUUCCAGUGAUCCACCAAUUCAUGUGAAGAGAUUCACCAACACAGCUCUGCCAGGCAUUCAUUUGCCAAUCGCUUCUUGUGCAUCUGUGCAUCUCAGCAUGCAUCGGUGUAUUUUGAAACAUUUCUAGCAUCAAGAUGUACACACAAAUCCACAGACAGGUGGACUCUACUGCCGGCCAAUCAUAGCACGUUCUCACUACAACCAAUCAGGUGUUGCUUUACAGUCAGCGGUCUCUAACUGAAACAGCUUUGCUCAUUUACACUAGCUCAGAUAUGAAUUAUAAGAUCCAUAAGAAGUGCUACAGUAAAAGAUACCUAGCAUUUAGAUUUGGUUAGCCACAGUAUUCUAAUUUAAUCGAGCUUUACGUCUCUUUAUGGGAACACUGGAUAGAAAGCGUCACAUAAUUCAGGAAUAAAUAACUCGAUUGAUUUGAUAGAUGAAAUUACUGUCCCACAACAGCAUUCCCAGUUCUUCAGUCGAGCAGAUUUAAUGAUGGAUACGAGCAACUCUGUGCAUCUGACACUCUAUAGUUAGCACUAUAAGUAGGGUGUCACGCCACUAAUUACAAAUGUUUCAAACAGAAUGAUUCCCACUUUGUAGAGACGGUAUACUUGGUGGGGAGUCGUGGCCUAAUGGUUAGAGGGUUGGACUCCCAAUCGAAGGGUUGUGGGUUCGAGUCCCGGGUCGGCAGGAAUUGUGGGUGGGGGGAGUGCAUGUACAGUUCUCUCUCCACCUUCAAUACCACGACUUAGGUGCCCUUGAGCAAGGCAUCGAACCCCCAACUGCUCCCCGGGCGCCGCAGCAUAAAUGAUGAACACUGCUCCGGGUGUGUGCUCACAGUGUGUGUGUGUGUGUUCACUGCUCUGUGUGUGUGCAUUUCGGAUGGGUUAAAUGCAGAGCACAAAUUCUGAGUAUGGGUCACCAUACUUGGCUGAAUGUCACUUCACUUUUUUUAUUAAGAUGAUACAGGCUUGUGUUAUCCACAAGCGAUGAGGCUUGUACUGUAAGGUCACUGAUAGUCGCUCGGGCUUGUAUUUGUUAAGAUACAUGAUGUUUUGUCCUAGAUAGGGUCCUUCAGAAGUAGAAGGGGUGAUCUGUUCAGUGCAGUAGACAGUAUCACUGAUUAUAAUGCGUUGUGCUGCUCGUGUCGGCUGUUAUCACUCAGGAUCUCUGAAUACACUCUUGACUUCUUCCUGAUACACUGCUCUCAACGGAAAUAUAAAGAAGGACAGACAAAAAAUGAUAUCUCAGUGUUUUCUGGGAUUUUAUCCAUAACGAUGAUUUGAGUGUGUUAUUGUGCUGAUAUCUUAAGGACUACCGUGGACAGCUGACUCCUAAAUUUUGGAUAUUCUUCAUAUUCUGUGGUGGUCGGUUCACAGCAGUUAUAGAAAUUAACUGACGGGUGAUUCAUUCAGGAACGAAACAGUGUCAUGUUGCUCAGAGACACAAAACAGUGCUUGUCCUUUGUUUGAAACUAUUUUGGUUUUCUCUAAAAUCGCACAUCAUUAAAACAACAAUUAGGAUGUUAUCACAGACGGUAUGCAUCUCACACUCCUAUAAAGACGCCACUUAAAAGAAGUUUUGACCACACAAACAGUACUUCAGCUCAAUUUGAAGGAAGAGAAUGAAUCUGAAUCGACAUGUUCCCAUCCUGACUGUAAAUCAAAAUGUGACGGCUGUAGCGAGAACAUGCUACGAUUGGCCAAGGCAAUGUUUCUGUUAUCUGAUUGGCUUGAGAUGACAGUGGGUGGAGUCCACCUCAAGGUUAUUAUAAUUCUGCGUUUUUACCAGUGUUGGGGUAGUUACUCAAAAAAUGUAAUUAGUUACUAGUUACUUCAGUAAAUUGUAAUGCGAUUACUUCACUAGUUACUGCAUUUGAAAAGUAACUUCGCUACUUAUUACUUUACUUCACUUUUUAACAUUUUAUUGGGAAUUUUUUCCAAAUUCCGUUUUCCGUUUAAAUUUUUCUGUAUUCCAUUUUUUUCCCGUUUUAUUUUUUUCUCAACUCCUUUUAAACCCCUUAACUGUCACUCACAUUUUUGAACACUGACUUUGUAGUGCACGAUCCAAGGUUACGUUUUUAUAAUUCAUGAAUGAAAAUAUUUUGUAACAUGAUAUUGAUGAACCAUUUACAUGGUAAUGCAAUGUCUGGUUUUAAAAUGGGUUUUAAAGGAUGAAUUCUGAGAUUUUGAUAGAGAGAAAGGCAACAAAGAAGUCCUUUUUCUUUUAAACAAAGGUCAAAACUCCUGUUAUAAUGUAGAUUUUUGAGGGUGCACUCUUGACAUAAAUUAAUAGAUUACUUUUCCUACAUAAUUUUCAACAAAAAACAUUGGUAAAAUAUAUAUUUGGGAGACUUAGACCUUUCCAACGAUAUAUAGUUUGUCAAGAUUAGAUUAGAUUUAAUUGUAAUAUAGUGAAGUAAAUGUAGGUGUCCCACAGAGGGGACGGGGUGACAGGUAACAGGUUAAUGGUUAAAUUUAAUUGUAUUAAUCAAAGAAGGCACUGCAGCCAGACCGAUAUACACAACACAGAGCGGAAGUUAAUUUAGGGCCAGGUGCGUGCGCUUCAUGAAACCAUCUGUAAGAUGAGAUUUCAGCACUUGACAAACGGAGAGCGACUCCUACGUAGCACUUGAAGCACAGCUAUGUGAUUGCUUUACGUGCAAUGCUGGGAACAGACGUCAUACAAUAACGAACGAUCGUAAAAUUACUGGUAGAAAACACUGUUAAGCGCUAAGAUCAAUGGUUAUCGGGAAACCUGGCCCAGAACUUUACACACAGGCAAACACGGCAUGUGUAACGCAGUAAAGCGCCUUCCUAUUAAUCUACUGUGUAGUGUGUAGUUACCAAUAUUAUUAGUGUAAUGCCUUACUUUACUCCGUUACCCAAAACUGUAAUAUAGUUACUGUAAUCCGUUACUUUGUUACUCGUUACCCCCAAGACUGGUUUUUACAUUUGGUAAUAUUAUUUUAACAUUUGCUAUAAAUGCAUAGAAUAGAGUUGAACAGAAUUAACCGAACACUCUCAGAGCGCAGACGUUUUGAUGUAAGCUCCGUGACACAAACUUGAAGCAUGUUUAGACAGAUUCGAUGGAGGAUAGUGAAAGAAAAAUCAAAAUGAGUCCAGCUGAUUUACAUUAAUGUAUCCAUGUGUAUUUAUAUAGGGUUAUAUCCAUUUAGUAGUCAUAUAAAUUGAUAUUAAUAUACAUUAAUAUGAAUGGUCAUAUUUGAAAGAUUUAGGUAAUUUGGUAAAAAUACAGCAAUAUUGUAGUGUAAUGUAAUAUUAGAUGUGUCUCUUAUCUUAUUGUCGUGUCUUGCUCAUAAAACACACUCCUGGGCCUCAGACCCUCGUCCCGCAGCAUUUAUUUUAGUCAAACUCGCAGUACUGUAAUUUAUGUUGUUUUAUUAUUAUUUAGAUGUACUUCAUUUCCUUUAGUUGCUCGGUAAUUGUCAGUUUUGCUUUUGUUGAUUUUCAUAACCGUUUUAUUUAGUCCGUUUCUGAAAAUGUUCUGUGAUCAGUUGUUUUGGUCUUCGUGUCAGUUUUAGUUUCCUGUGGUCUGUGGAUUUGUGUGCACGUCUCGAGGCUAGAAAUGUUUCUCAAUGCACAGAUGUGUGCUGCGUUUCUCUAAUGCACAGAAAAGCCACCCGUAACUGGACGCCAGGCAGAGUUGUGUUUGUGAUGUUUUUAAUUCUCUUUAUUUGUGGCUCUUAAUGUAUUUAUCUGGAGCAAAGGAGCAGUUCUAAGCCCAUAUUCAGGUCCUGCUGAACUUUGGGCACAUCUCUGUAUCAGCUGCACAUGUUCUUAUCAGAGAGCGAGACGUCUGCUGGACUGCUCAGCCUCAGAUCAAUGUCAUCUACAUUAUACACAUCCUGUCAACUCGACCAGAUCUUGUUUCAGAGGCAGCAAGUUAAAUCAUGAUGAAAAAUGCAGUCUUUCUGUCACUAAUGUCCUGAGAGAAACUCAACGCGCGGAUGUGUUUUUUAAAGCUCUCCGUUUUCUUUUCUUCAAGAUUUCAAGCAUCAACACAAAUGUCCUGUUUGUGAAAGGUGCUUCUCUCAGCUUCUCUGUGUCACUACAAAUCAUCUAAUAGAGCAUGUCAACAUUUUUAAUAAAAGAUUUGUUUCUCAUUCAUUCAUUUUUUAUUUUAAAUAUAUGUAUAUAUAUGUAUAUAUACGGGUCAAAGACUAGACGUCACCAUUUUCGGUGUCUGCAUCACAGUACAUUUACAAAAGUCAUUUUAAAUGCAUUAAAAACAUCUUAAAUGCAAGUAAAUUGUCUACUUUGAUAUUUCAAAUUACUUUUGUGACAAUAAAAUGUCAACAUAUGGAGGAAAUAAUGUUCCAAAGUGUAAAAUAGUUCUUCAGCAUAAUGGUGCGGACUUUGAUUUUACCAGUUCAUCUUAAAUAAACAUAAAAUACCAAGUUAAAACAUGUGUGUUGUCUUGGCAUUUUCAAGUAAGUAUUGGCUGUGUCAUAGAAGGACUAUGUCUUCUUGUUUUGUUAAAGUAUUUGUCCUGAAAAUGCACUGUAUCUGAGAUGAUUGAGUGCAACAGUAAUGAGAAGUUAUUCUGAAAUCAUUUGAGAAACUGAUAGUCAUUCAGCAGUCUGUGAUAUUAUGAAAUGACACCUGAAAGACUGUGUGCUGCUGCAGAAGAGUGAGUUUAUCGCUCUUAAAUACUUGAGCAUUUCACCUUUUCAUGGUGUGCUAACAUAGGUUACAAAAGCACACGUCAUUCGGUGAAAUGCCAAAAAACACUUUUGAUGUUUGAAAAACAAGUAGAUGUUGUGAAUAGUUGUGAUUGAUUUUACUGGUCAAGUUCACUGUUAGAAAUAGGUGGCCAUUUGAUUGCCUGCAAUAUCAGCUAAUGUAGAAGUGUGAUCAUUCAGUGUAAUGCAGACCAUUGUUACACUGAAUGACUAUCACUGGAGAAAUAACAAUUCUAGUAUGUUAUUGAUGUUACAGAUAAAUGAGGCAUGUUUAGAGUUGAAAUAAUAAAUAUUAAUAUCUGAAUGCAUUUUGGUAUUGUUUAAUUUGAUUAUUGAUUAAUUAUAGACACCCAUGAACAGAGUGUAAAAAGCCCAAAAGCUACUAAACUAAGUGUAGCUUGGGCGGCACUCUUAAAGCCUGUUCACAGCAAGAACAAUAACUCUCAAAUAACUAUAACAGUAACUGUUGGCCACCGCACUGAUGAACAACAGCACUGUUCAAGCAUGUGCUGCAGAUCUGUGAUCUUUAAAUGCUCCAGCUCUUUAAAGUUGAAUCAAUUCUAAUUAGCUGUCAAUGCUUUUAUCAGCUGGAAAAAACAAUCCAUCAGUAUCCUACAAAAUAAAAGAGAUUCCAGCAAUGUUGUUUCUCUGUGCAGUUAUUUGUGCUGCUAUUCUUUACAGAAGGGUUUUUUCCUUUUUGUCGUUAUCCUUACCGUACUUGGUGUGAACGUGCCUUUAGCCAGAAAAGAGAAGGGUGUUGAGCAUUGUUCUGGGCAGAGAGAGCUCCUCACUUCAAGAGAGAUCACUGAGGGGUUCUCCACCCAAAUACUCAUCCUGAUCAGGACAUUUAUGUUAACGUGACAAGCUAAGCAAGCAUGACGGGAGCAUCAGGAAAAUGCUUAUUAUAUUUCAACAUCUGUUUCUGCAGUCUUUUACUCAGGGUUAUUAUUAAAACUCAUUUAAUGACAGAUUAAUACUACAAAUAUUUCAGUUAUGGGAACAUUGGCAAUGUUAUCUCUCUUUUUGGCAAAUCGUCAUUCAGUGUAACAUAUAUUUGUGUACAAAUGAAACAAUUUACUUAUUGUCACGAUCAUUAGCUGGAGUGCCCAUGAACUUCAGUAGAGGGCUCCACUCAGUACCAUUCCACCCAUCAACCACCUGAUGUCACCAUAUCAUCACUUGGACACUAGCACCUCUCAUUCAGCAGCCAAUUUCCUUGCCACACCUGCACCUCAUUUACACACACAUAUAAGCACCACAAUCACUCUCACUCAGUGCGAAGUCUUGUUUAGCCUGUCUAACAUUUCCGAGCAUUUCUCCCUGUGUUUGUCAUUCCUGUGUUUAAUCGUUGGACUGUGUACUCCGACUCUGAUUCUCUGCUGCAUGCCCCGAUCUCUGCUUGUUUCUGGUUUCGACUCUGGUUAUCACUGACACACCUGAUGCCAUUCCUGAUUUCUGCCUGUUUGAUCAUUCUUAAAUAAAGUGCUGCAUUUGGAUCCGAACGUCUCUGGCUCAUCAUUACAAUUAUGACCUGUACUUAUUCAUAUACAAAUAAGAAUAUAUGAUCAUACUACAUUUUUAUGUUUUAAAUUAUUUUCACUUCACUUUGAGAGCUGCACUGUGAUGCUUAAACAGUCUUUCAACAUGUUAUCAAAUGAUUCAUGUUUUAAAUAUGCCUUACAAGAUUUUUUGG